AUGACCUCAAGUAGGAGCCUUAGCGCUCCUCCUGGUGGUGCUCGCCUUUCCAGUGAUACAAAUCACUUUGGGUAUCGCUGGGGGGAGUUGAGUGUCGGGGGGCCUUCACCGUCAACCCCGUCCUUGAGCCCGUGGCGCAGCAGAACGCCGCCGGAUGCCGAGUGUGGGGGGCCCGCCGAGUGGCGGCAGAGCCCUUACUACGGCGGGAAUCGUCACGGACCCCACGCUCGCCGCAACUAUGGUGGUGUCUACUACAGACGCAAGCAACAUGGGCUGCCUCGGAGCUAUUCCAGUAGUGGCGUCUAUGCUGAGGGCGGAGACGACCCCCUGUUUCCGGAGCAAGGAAGGGGUGCGCGGUUUGAAGCGCUUCGCAGUUUUUCUAUGCCCGCUUCAUCUCGGGGGACAUCCUACGCUGUCUCCCCGGCUCCAGGCUCUCGCCACGAGGGACGCUUCUCUGAAGCUCUCGGCUCUUUCGCUGGUGCCGCCAAAGGCAUUGCCGAAAUACCGCCUCUGCUUGCCUCGGCCAUGUCGAAGCAGCAAAUUACGCGAGUUCGUGCCUCGCUACAAAGCAGCACAACCCCUUCGCAGGGCGGAGUUAGACUGAAGCUAGUGGAACUGCUGGAAUACUGGAUGAGUGACGCCUUAACAGGGACCGCCGUUGAGGAGUUGAUUGCUGAGGUCUACCAGGAAGCAGGGGCUCGCGGGGAGUCAUCCUCUGACAGAGGGGAGGAGCAAGUGUGCGUCUAG